GUGAACAUACAUUAUAGUUUGGGACGGAUGGAGCGAGUAAAAAACUAAAGACUAAAGACUCCGUAGUUUUAAUGCAGUUUGAAUUGGCGCCAUCCCCCUCCCCAUUCCGGGCGGACAUUAUAAAUGCUACUCCGUAAAUUCAUCACAGGCAAAUAAUAAUUCACAAAGCCUAAGUAAUAAUUCACAAAGCCUAAGUAAUUAAGAAUAAACCCGAUCCUAAUUAAUAUGGGCGAGUGUUUGGGCUGGGCACGCGGCGGCAAAGUUUAUGAUGGGGAAGAAUGGCCCCGGAUUUGCAUGCUUCACGCCACCAUUUCUAUUCAAAUGUUCGUCGGCACCGCCGUUUUCGCCGCCACGUUCUUCACCCCCGCCGCCAAUAAGUUCUUCACUGCCGGCGCCCCCUAUGGGCCGAUCCUCGUCAUCGCGGUCUCAGUCCUUCUCGUCGUCAUAUUUGGCUGGGCAAUGGAUUUCUACACUGACGAUUUUCCAUAUAACUGCAUAUUUUUUGGGCUUUUUAGUCUCGUAUUCCCUUUCAUGAUUGGAGUGGUUUCCGCAUGUGCAAAGGGUAUGACACUCGCGAUUGCUGUAGGCGUUACUGCACUUGUGUUCGUUGCUCUUACCUUGUAUUCAUCAUUCUUGGCUAAGAGAGCAAUGUCCCAUCCUCAUAUGGAAGGCACUAUAGAGAUGAUAUGUGGGUAUGUGGGAGCGCUCAUCUUUUCCGGGGUCAUCAUAACCAAUACCCACCGCUCGGCCGCCUCAAACUUCAGGUACGUAGAGGCAGCUUGUCAAAUGUAUUUCCACUACCCGCUCUCCGACGCUUCUGUGCUCUGGGGACGAGUUGAGGACUCCCGAAGAGUUAUCCGAGCUAGGAAACAAGGUGUCUGGAAUGGGGCUCCUCGCUCCGGAGGACCACCGGUUGUUGCAUUAUGAGCUUACAAUAUCUAAUUUCAAGAUCAAAUUUUAUCAUUUUAUUUGCUAGAUUUUGUUACUCAUUCGAGAAAUAGUUAGAUGUUUGUUCUGUAAAACUUUUUGAUGUGGUUUUUCAAACAUAUAUCCCUAAAUUAAAUUAGAAAUUUUUACACUAAAUAACACUAAAACUUAAGUCAUUUCCCUAAAUAACACUUAAACUGUUUU